AUGCUUUAAUUGUCAAUGCAGAUAAGAAAUAGCAAAGUGGAAACAAGAAAAUCUUAUCAAUAGAAGAGGUUUCAAUUAAAAAGUAGCACGAUUAAGAAAAUUUUAUUUUUGGUUUAUUUUGUUGGAGUAUUUUAAUUUGAGAAUAAACAACUUAUUGUGGACUUAAUGAACAUUAGUUUAUUGAUGAUAUAAAUAUGGAGACACAACACCAAGAUACAAAUAUCAAACAUAGAUCGUUUUGAUUUGACCAUAUGUUUUUGUGCUUUGAUUUCUAGAUAAACCAUUCCUCAGUUAUAGAGUAUUAUAUUAUCUCUAUGCUUUUUUUCAUUCAAAAACAGUCUUUCCACCAUUCUGAAAAGUGUGAAAUUGCUUAAAAAAAUAAAGAAUUUAUCAAUCACCAUUAUUUUCAUAAUUUUACUCACAUCCUAUUUAUUCACUUAUUUAUAUCAUUCAUAUGAGUAAACAUUUACAUUAUUUGGGACUUUUAGCAACACUUGCAUAACAAUGUUGGAAAUAUUGACUUUAGAUUCCUGGGGAUCAAGGGGAAGAAUUCUAGAAUAGCAGGUAGGAUAUACAGGGAUCCCGUCUAUAAUCAUAUGUGCUUAUGUGUUUUUGAUGAAUUACUUUUAUAUGAAUAUUCUGAUUGGAUUGAUAUUGGAGACUCUUUAAUUGGAAUAGAAUCAAUAAUUGGUUCAGGUGAAUUUUCUGGAUGAACACGAAAUCAAAGAGCAGAAGAUAAAUAAAAAACUAUCUGAUAAUACUCAUAUUUGCAAUUUAAUGUUAGGCUAAUUUUAUUAAUAAAUUGUCAUGGUAUUUAGCAUAGUAAGUGUGAUAUUUAACAUUUAUAAUAAUUUUGUGAUUGUAGAUACUAUGGGUAAAUUGUUUGAUGCUCUAGAUGAUAUUUUAUAUUCUAUUCAUUUUAUAUUUUUAUUGUUUCUAGAUAAACCACGCAUAUCGUAUGAGAGAUCAAAGUGGGAACGAAUGUUUCUCCAUUUUAUAGCAGGGCCAUUAGCAUUAUUUUUGUCUCAUGAUUUAGCUUGUCUUUGCAAUCUAUGUAAACUAGCAACUACUCCUAUUGUAAGAGGAAUAUUUUCAGGCACAAUAUCAAUAUUUCCGAUAUUGUUUCCGAUUAUAACAGUAUUGUUGGCUAUAAUUCUGUUGAUGGCAGUGUAUACAAGCAGAUUCUAUAGUUCAUUUAUUGGUUUCAAAGGAGAAACUUAUUACUCAUCUCUGCAAUAAGCCUUUUACACUUUUGUUCAAUUGCUCACUUUGGAUGAUUGGGAUGCAAAUGUCCUUCCAGUGUUUGAAUCCCAACAAAUAAUAAUGCCUUACAUCUUAUUUCCAUGUUUUAUCAUAAUAUCCAAUGUGAUAUUACUCAACAUAUUGAUAGCAUGUAGUUGCAAAUACUUUAAAGAAAUUGACUACUCCAUUAAUUGCUAAAGUCUAAAUGAAGCCCAUCCUGAUAAUUUAUUAGUUAAAUUAAACAAAGUUGCUGAAUUAUAAAUUCCAACCAUCAUUUGCAAUGCACCAAUCACAAUAUAGGAAAGUCACAUAUCUUAAAGAGAAGGACUGGUUUAAAUUUGUUAUAAUAAUAAAAUAAUCAAUGCAUUGUUGGUUAAAUAAUGA